CUUCUAUUUCUUUCCAAUCGCGUGCUUUGCCCCAUCCAUGUUUUACCAAUCAAAUCUCCCCUUCUCUGCAGCAACGGAGCUUUUAAACGCAUCGCGGUAGAAUCCAAUGACAGUGACAGCAUUCAAGAAUGCAGUGGAAUAUCGCAUGAUUCUCAAGGGCCCCUGGGAAGCUUCCUCGAUGAACUCGACACCCUGCUCAGCUCCUUCCCAGAGGAUAGCACCCCACUGAUCCUCCUGGGAGACUUCAACAUCCACCUUGAUGCCUCCCACUCCGCAGCCUUCCUGCCCCUACUCCACUCAUUCGACCUCUCCCUGAUGCACUCCCCACCAACACACAAGGCUGGCAACCUCUUAGACCUGGUCAUCCUGAGGAAUUGCUCCUCUUCCGAUCCCACAGUGACCCCUCUGCACCAGUCCGACCACCACUUAAUUUCCUUCUCCCUCCCUCUUGCUCCCCUCCCUCCCUCCCCUCCAUCCACUCCUACUGUCAUGGUCCGCCGUAACCUCCGCUCCCUCUCUCCCUCCUCUCUCGCUUCUAGUGUCACUGCUUCACUCCCCCCUCUUGAAUCCUUCUCCAACCUUCCCACUGACUCUGCAUCCUCCGCUCUGUCUUCCUCGCUCUCCUCAGCACUAGACUCUCUCUGUCCUCUAGUCUCCAGGCCGGCACGCUCAUCCCCUCCCAGUCCGUGGAUGUCUGACCCCCUCCGACCCAACCGGGCCAGCCUACGUGCAGCGGGGAGGAAGUGGAGGAAAUCCAUGGCUCAAUCUGACCUGUCUGCCUACCAGUCUCGGCUAGCAGCAUUUUCUACUGCUGUAACCUCUGCUAAAAUUAAUUAUCAAACAAAAAUUCAUAAAUCUGCCUCUAACCCUCAUCAACUCUUCUCCAUUUUCUCUUCUCUCCUCAGCACUCCUCUCCCACCUCAGUCCUCCCUCGCUGCAGAUGACUUCACGGUUUUCUUCGAUGAGAAGAUUGCAGACAUCCGCAGCUCCUUCACGUCCACCGCCACCCUCCCCCCUCUCUGUUCCCUCCCCUUGUUUCUCCACUUUCUCUCCCCUCACUGACUCUGAUGUUUCCCAGCUCCUACUCUCCCACCACCCUACCACCUGUGCUCUUGACCCUAUCCCUUCCUCUCUCCUCCAGACUAUCACACCUGACAUCCUCCCGUUUGUCACCUCCCUUGUGAACUCCUCCUUGUCUUCUGGAUGUUUCCUCUCUUCCUUCAAGCUGGCUCACAUCACCCCACUGCUGAAAAAGCCCACUCUGGAUCCCUCUGUCAUCCAGAACUACCGUCCUGUUUCCCUUCUCCCUUUUUUAUCCAAAACAAUUGAACAAGCUGCUUCUAACCAACUCUCCUCUUUCCUCUUGCUGAACAACCUCCUAGACCCCCACCAGUCCGGCUUCAGACCUGGCUACUCGACAGAGACCGCACUCCUCUCGGUCAGUGAGUCGCCUCACGCCGCACAAGCAGCCUCCCAUUCGUCCGUCCUGAUCCUCCUAGACCUUUCUGCUGCCUUCGACACAGUCGACCACCCCAUCCUUCUGUCCUCCCUGGCAGCUAUGGGGAUCUGUGGCACAGCACUAGACUGGAUCGAGUCCUACCUCUCCGGUCGCUCCUUCUGAGUCGCCUGGGCUGGUGCAGUAUCGGCACCUCGCCCCCUUGCCACAGGAGUUCCCCAGGGCUCAGUCCUUGGUCCCCUCCUAUUCUCCCUGUACACCCAAUCUCUUGGUCCUGUAAUCUCUGCCCAUGGUUUGUCUUUAUUAUGCCGAUGACACCCAACUCUUUCUCUCCUUCCCCCCCGUGACACACAGGUCUCCGCUCGCAUCUCUGCUUGCCUGAGGGACAUCCAGAGCUGGAUGGAUAACCACCAUCUUAAGCUGAACCCAGGUAAGACAGAGAUGAUCUUCAUCCCUGCUCCAUCCUCUAACCUCCUUGACCUUUCUAUCUCCCUAGGGGACACUGUGGUGUCAUCAUCACCCACCGCAAAAAACCUCGGAGUGGUGAUGGACAACAGACUGUCCCUC